AUGGAACCCACCACGAAGAAGCUCGACAAAGUCGACCCCUUGUCGGUGGCCGAAUCCUUGGGUAUUCGUACCUAUAGAAAGGUUUCUCGAAACACAUGGACUCCUGAUGAUGAUGCAGAACUCAUAGGAACAUUGAAACAGAUCCUGGCGGUGGACCUUGGUGAAAUCGACGCAGACACCAUCGACUGGGACUUAUUGGCGUCUAAGUUGACCCACCAGCACCGCAAACCCAAAGACUAUAAGAAGAGAUGGGUGACAUCUCUUGAUCCCAAUGUACGCAAAGGCCGGUGGACCAAAGAAGAAGAUGACCAGUUGAUCGAAGCGUACGCCCGCUUCGGGCCCUCGUGGCAGAAGGUUGCAUCUCACAUACGAACACGUACCAUGGAUCAAUGUGCCAAGCGGUAUACCGAAGUGUUGGAUCCUAAGACCAAAGACCGCUUAAACCCCUGGUCUCGCGAGGAAGAAAUGCUACUUAUCAAACAAAUUGGUAUCCACGGCACCAAAUGGCGAAGUAUUGCCAGUAACUUCAAGAACCGGCCGGCGUUGACGUGUAGAAAUAAAUGGAGAACCAUUGCUUUGGGAGUGGCUAGAGGCAGAGCCCAUCCCCACAUAGCAGCUGAGGUGGAAAAAAUCACCAGCAGAAAAGAGGUGUUGGAUGCCACCGCUGACGUUUCACCGGCAUCUACCUCGCCGGCGUCCACCGGAGCCCAGCCAUUGGUCCCCCCGUCACAGUCUCAAUUGCGUCACACCCUGGCAGAAUGGCGGUAUACCCUCACCCCCUCCGAAUCGACACCAGCAUCGUUUAUGCCGCCUGCAAAAGAUAUGGGUGUCAUCAAGGAUGAGGCCACAGUGCGCCUCUUACUCGAUUAUGCCAACUCCUACGGCCUUAAACUUGACAUUCACCAGCACACCCAUCAUCACUAUGCCCCCCCUCCUCAUCCGUUCAACCAUAUAGCAGCUUCUCCUCCAGACUUUGCAAAUAUCGGGGCCAGUCCGGGCUUGGGCCCAGUCCAGCCGUCCAACCGGUCCAUAUUUCUAGAGCCCGAAGCCCAGUUGCACCGUUUCCAACAUUUCAACUACUUACCUCCUUUAACAGAGGUACCCAAGUUAACCUCGUCAUCGUCACCGGUGAUGACGGCCAGCGAACGUAACGGCCGUGAUAUUCGCCAAGCCCAGUCGCCUUCGGGCCUAACGCCGCUCACCCAAGCAGCAGAGCUUGCGGUGGGAGAAGUAGUGAGGAAAAGGAAGAAUAAUGACUAUGGCCUAGACUCCACCGGCUCUAAGAAACUCAAAUCCGAAGGCGAUGGUGGUUUUUUUGAACAGAUACGACACUUGACCGAUAUUCUGCAGUCUUCCCGUGGUGAACCUAAGUCCAACGGUGGUACCGAUGGAGAGGGAAAUAUUUCUGGCCAACGGCCGGUUUCGCAGCACCACCCGUUACACUAUUUCACGGGAGGUACAACUCCACAAGCAAAUAUACCCACUCCAGCGGCCCCUCGACCAACAAACCGAGAUGAGGAUGAGGAAGAGGAUGAAGAGAUGCGAUCUUACGGGCUCUUCUACCAAUCUUAUCGGAAAUCGAGAUCCAAUUCCCAUUUUGAGCCUGGGGUACCGGUUCCCUCUACUGCGAACCCUACCGCGAACUCGGCCGCCCGUACCUCCAACCCUGCCACCAGAGCUCCCGCGACGCUGGCAGAGGCCCCCCCAACUGCUUCCCAGGAAAAGCACAGUCCCGGAAGCAGCAACCAUGAAAACGAUCAUGAUCACGAUGGCUACAACUUUGUCUACGAAAAUCUCCUAGGAAGCUUUGGCAUGAUGCCCUUUAACCCUUCAUAAUUGUAAUAUAGUAAUUCCCAUUGCAGCUACCGUCUGUGUGCAGCAGCAGUGCGAAUUUGUACAAACAUUUUAAUACACAUUAGAAACCA